AUGAGAGCUUCGGCCUCUGUCCUGGGUGCAAAAGCACUAUUUGUGCUGACUGCAUUCCGGCACAUGGGCACAUUGGCCAGUCCCAGUAUCAACGUCGCCUUGCGGGCUGCCUUCAAUCCUGCACCAUAUCUGGUUGAGCUACUAGAAACUGCAGCUGAGGAGAACGCGACCGCAUACUACCCCAUUCUUGACCGAGUUGCUGAGGGCUACUUCGACGACAAGACCACCGACCAGGAGCUAUAUACAGCCUUUGUCGACCUUCUGUAUGCCGAUGGCCACAUUACUCAGCCAGAAGCCCUUGCCUCCUUCGAGUUUGCACUUUCAGUUCGGUCGGCCGCGCCACGCAUCGAGGCACACUACCAGUUCUACAAUACUUCAGUAGAGCCUUCCUUGUCGGCAAAGCAAACAGAAGCAUGUGAUCUAUGGGUCUCAUUUCAUGGAAAACAAUAUUGCUCGGUACAUCUGGAUGAGCCCUUUGGGGACAUUGCAACUGAACGUACAUACCAACUACCCUUUGACCGCAUACUUGGCAACAGCUCAGCUUUACCCGCCAUUCUCUAUGCCGACAUCACUGCUCCAAGAUUCAAAAAAUGGCACAAGACACUGAGCACCACCGCCAAGCAAGGAAAGACAUCAUACCGUAUCAGGCACAAGCCAUCCCCCAAGGCGCCCACAUCACCACUAGUAGUCAAUGGAUAUGGUGUUGCCCUUCAGUUGAAGCGGACUGACUACAUUGUCAUUGACGACAGGCAGGCGGCCGAGAGCGACAAGAACGCUGCACAGAAAACAAUGGACACAGGUUUGAACGACGAAGAAGAUGUUGCCGAUCUUAAGCCUCUUUCCAAAGACGAAGUAUCCGAUCUCGGACUCAAGGCUGCUAGCUUUGUGCUCCAGAGCGAGGAUUCCAUGAAUACCCUUCUGAAGCUCGUUCAGGACUUUCCCAAAUACUCGUCCAUUAUCGCUGCCCACAACGCUUCUGAUGAAUUUCUUCAAGGCCUUGAAAAGAAUCACGAUCAAUGGUUGAUGGGCGGCAUCAAUCUCAUCGUAGUCAACGGCCUAACCAUUCCCACUCGUGACGUCAACCCAUAUUCGUUGUUGGCGCACCUGCGCCGCGAGCGGAAACUCAUCAACGGUUUUCGCAGCCAGGGUCUCUCGGUUUCUGAAGUCGUAUCCCUCUUGUCGCAUGCAGCCAUCGCACAAACCAACGCGGGUGACUCCCCACAGCGCUAUGACUUUAGGGAUACGGCCGAAGGUGGCAACGUCAUCAUUUGGCUCAAUGACAUUGAGAAGGACCCGGCGUAUGAGGACUGGCCCAGCAGCCUCCAAGCUCUACUGCAAAGGACAUUCCCUGGGCAGCUUCCAUCCUGCCGCAGAGACAUUCAUAAUGCCAUUGUGUUCGUUGACUUAACAUCCAUCCAGGACGUGACGACUCUCCUUGACACCAUCUUCAAUCUGAUCAGACGUGGCAUUCCGUUGCGUUGGGGUAUCGUCCCUCAGUCUGGCUCUUCUGAAGCUAUCGAGCAGGCCAAGAUAGUCUAUCAUCUGCUGGAUGCUUAUGGAGUCUCCGCGGUGGAAGUAUAUCUGCAAGCAUCCAUGGACGGCAAGAAGCUUGCACAGCCUGAUCAGGCCAUAUUUGAUGCGACGGUUAAAACCUCAACCUUGCUCGAUGAGCGUACAGCCCUUUCAUUUCAAGAUGUCCUCACUUCAGAGGAUUUGGACCAACGCAUUGCAGACUCCAAGCAGUACGUGAGUCGCUUGGCUGGGGAAGGCCCGCAACCACCAAUUCUGAUAAACGGUGUUGCUAUUCCUGGGAAUGAGGAGUGGCUCUCUAGUCUCAGCAAACGAAUCACCUUCGAUCUUCGGGAAAUUCAAAAGGCAAUAUUUGAAGGCAACUUCAAUGAAGAUAGCUGGGUUCCACAGCAUUUCCUUGCCCAGGCUGCUAGUAGGCGCAAUCCCUAUAUUAUUCCAGAGGAUGAGAAGAACGUUACGCUCAUCAACAUGGCUGAGUUUGAAAACACUCACAGCCAUGUAUACAGCAAAAUGCCACGAGUUCAUGCCUCUGAGUCUUCGAGCAAAAGCGACUGGGUACAUAUCACCCUCACUGCUGAUUUUGACUCUGAGUAUGGCUCGGGCCUUCUCCAGUCCCUGGCAGUUUUCCGCGAGGCCAACCCGAACGCUGAGAUUGUCUUGAUACACAAUCCUGCCGCUGACGCCGAAAAGUCGGGCUUGUCACAAGAUAUCCUUGAGUCUUCUUCCAAAACGGGUGACAAAUUCACAGUAGACACCUUGCUGGAGCUGCUGGCUCGCGAGCCCAGCUCCGUCUCUUUCCCAGAAGAGUCACGACUAUUCUGGAAGGCGGCUGAGCCAAUAUACGAAGCUCUUGGUAUAAAGCCAGGCCAAAAUAGCAUUAUUGUCAAUGGACGUCAUCUAGGCCCUAUUCCAGAAGAUAUCAAGUUCACCAAAGAUGAUCUGGAAGGACUGGUGUCCUACGAGAUGAGCAAACGCGCUGAGCCCUUGAGCAAAGCAUUGGACGAUCUUGGUCUUUUGAAUAAAAUCGAGUCGCCUUUCAGUAUCGCCAAGAUACAAUCAUUGGUUGCUUUGUCAACUAUAUCGGAUGUGCCGGAAGGUAUCUUUGAACAGAUUUCGACAGUCAGGAGAAAUGACAACGAAAAGUGGAAUACUGAACACACCGCCAUUGUCAAAGGCGACAAAGACAAGGCCGUGUUCCAUAUUGUGGCAUCGAUCGAUCCGGCUACUGAGGUCGCCCAGAAAUGGGUUCCCAUUUUGAAAACCUUAGGCGACAUGGAGGGUGUUCAUCUGACAUUGUAUUUGAAUCCCAAGAGCAACCUUCAAGAGCUUCCUAUCAAGCGCUUCUACAGAUAUGUUCUAGAAGCCCGACCUCAUUUUAAUCCGGACGGAUCUGUUGGUAAUUUGAGCGCACGCUUCUCCGGUAUUCCCAAGGAGGCACUACUGAAUCUUGGUAUGGAUGUGCCUCCUUCAUGGCUAGUCGCUCCAGAAGAAUCCAUGUAUGAUCUUGACAACAUCAAGCUCAGUACUAUCCCAGUUGGUUCUAACGUCGACGCUGUCUAUGGACUGGAAAGUAUUCUGAUCGAAGGUCACUCUCGCGACACCACCAACGGUGGACAGCCACCACGCGGGGCUGAGGUUGUCCUAGCCACCGAGAAAGACCCGCACUUUGCCGAUACCAUCAUCAUGGCUAACCUUGGCUACCUCCAAUUCAAAGCCAACCCUGGAUUCUACAAUAUUCAGCUGAAGAACGGUCGGUCCCAGCAAGUCUUCAAUCUCGAUAGCGCUGGUCCAAUCAGCUGGGCCCCUCAGCCUGGUGACGAGACUACCGAGAUUGCCCUCAUGAGCUUCCAAGGAGCUACCAUCUUCCCGCGACUGUCUCGCAAGCCUGGUCAGGAAACUGCUGACGUGCUUGCUCCAGAGGAGUCUCUUGCUUCCGAACUGGUUGGUAAAGGCGCACAGAAAGUCAACCAAUUCCUUGGUAAGAUCGGUCUCAAAUUUGACUCUGAGAAGGUCUUACAAAAGGGCGCCGAUCUGCUGUCAGGAAAGGCAGUGAAGAAGGGCACGCAAGCGGAUAUCAACAUCUUCUCGGUCGCCUCGGGCCACUUGUAUGAGCGUAUGCUGAACAUCAUGAUGCUGUCCGUCAUGAAGCACACAAAGCAUACAGUCAAGUUCUGGUUCAUUGAGCAGUUCCUUUCGCCAAGCUUCAAGUCGUUCCUGCCGCAUAUGGCCGCCGAGUACGGCUUUGAAUACGAGAUGGUCACGUACAAAUGGCCACAUUGGCUCCGCCAACAGUCGGAGAAGCAACGCGAGAUUUGGGGCUACAAGAUUCUCUUCCUCGAUGUCCUGUUCCCUCUCGACCUCGAAAAGGUCAUCUUUGUGGAUGCGGAUCAAAUCGUCAGGACAGACAUGUACGAGCUUGUGCAGCAUGACCUUGAGGGUGCACCCUACGGCUUUACCCCCAUGGGCGACUCUCGCACCGAAAUGGAAGGCUUUCGUUUCUGGAAGACCGGCUACUGGGCUAACUUCCUCCGCGGCCGUCCCUACCACAUCUCUGCCCUCUACGUCGUCGACCUCGUUCGCUUCCGCCAACUCGCCGCAGGCGACCGCCUCCGCCAACAAUACCACGCCCUAUCCGCAGACCCCAACUCGCUCUCGAACCUCGACCAGGAUCUGCCCAACAACAUGCAAUUCAACCUCCCCAUCCACAGCCUCCCUCAAGAAUGGCUCUGGUGUGAAACUUGGUGCAGCGACGAGGACCUCGACAAAGCAAAAACAAUUGAUCUAUGUAAUAAUCCUCAAACUAAAGAACCGAAGCUUGACCGUGCAAGAAGACAGAUUCCAGAGUGGAAUGUCUAUGAUGAGGAGAUUGCGGCGCUGGCGAAGAGGGUGAAGGGCGAGCAGGAACUCAAGGGCUUGGUGGAUGUGCAAGAGCAGGAGCAGCUGAGAGAGAAGAAGGAGAAGGAUGCUGAGAGGGUUAUUGAACAUAGUGAGUUGUAG